AUGGUCAUCGACCAAGAUACGUCGGUCCUGAACGCAGACGCAUUCAUCACUGAACCCGAGGUUAACCAGACUACAGAGGCCAAUGCAGUAUCAACAUCAGGUCCAGAUCCAAUCGAGCUUUUGCUGGCAACAAAAACUGUUGCCGAGAACGACCCUACCACUCCUGAUACACAAGCCACCGAAGAAACUGGUGAGCUAACAUCUAAAUCCGGAACUACUGCUCAGUUAGUUACUAACACUAAAUCGACAAAUGAGGCUCAAGAGAAAUCGACUACCCAGCCAUCACUUUGGACCACAACUGAACAUGUAGCGAAAUUGCCAACGAAGCUUGCGUCGAAAACUACUGCGGGAUCAAGCCAAACUCAACGAGAAUCAGCAUUUAAAACGACUGAACCACUGAGUGCACUUACUGAAAUUUCCGAUCCAUUAACGACGGAGCAUACAGCUCGACAACUAGGUGAGAACGUGGUAGAAACGACUACAGUUCCAGGUAUUCAGUCAACAGUUCCCUUUGCUGACGAUUCUACGACCCAGUGGGUAGAAGAUCUUAGAAGUGAACCACAACAAACAAAACUAACAACUCUCCCUGUCUCCACAUUUGAGACUAUAGUAACUUUAAUAGGUGAGCUGGUAGUAGAACCAACGACUGAGCCUGAAGUUAUAUCAAUAUCCAGAUCUGCAUCAAAGGAAAUUGCAAUUGAAUCAACUACUGAGUCUGACACUGAAUCGACAAGCGAGUCUGUAGCGACUCGAGCUCUAGUUAUAUCAACAGCUGUGAUUGCAGAAGAAUCAAACACUCGGCCUGCAGCAAAACCAACAACUCGGCCUGCACCAGAACUAACGACUUUGCCGGACACAGAACCAAUAACUCAGCCAACUGCCCCUGCAGCAGAACCAAGAGCUCAACCCGCAACAGAACUAACAACUCCGCUCGCGAAGGAACCAACUACUCAGCCUGCCGCAGAACCAACAACUGUGCCUGCAGCAGAGCCAACGACUAGACCUGCUGCAGAUCCAACAACUCAGCCUGCAACGGAACUAAUUACUCAGUCGGUACCAGAUCCAAAAACUCAGCGUGCCACAGAACGAAUCACUCAGCCAGCUGCAGAACCGGCAACUAAGCCUGCUGCAGAACUAACAACUCAACCGGUAACAAAUCUAAAUACUCAAUCAGCAACAAAAUUAACGACUUGGGCAAUAACUGAACUAACUGCUCAGCCUGCAACAGAACCACCAACAACACAACCGGAAACAAAUCCAACACAUCCUCCUCCAAUAGAACAAACAUCUCAUCCUCCAAAAGAACAAACAACUCAUCCUCCUAUAGAAUUAAUAACUCGUCCUCCAACAGAAUUCGAAAAGCAGCCUGGAACAUAUCUAACACGGCAGCCAGCAGCAGGGUCAACUACUCCGAAAACAACUGAACUAAACGUCCAGCCUAAAGAAGAACCAACACGGCCAGCGACAGAGCCAACAACUCUGUCAAAGGGAUUAACAACUCUGUCUGUAGUUGAACCAGCGAGAGGGUCUGGAACAAAACAUACCACGCAAACUGUAGAUGAAUCAAUAAGUGAGAUUACGGAUCAAUCUACGAGUGUGCUAACAGCGAGGUUAACAAGAUCUUUAGAAUUUCAAUCAGCUGCUGAGAUUCCAGUUGAAGCAACAGACGGGCCUUUGGCAGAACGGACCACACACGCAGUGAGAUCUUCUACACAGCUGACACAAGCACCAACAGGAUUGCCUGUAGGAGUACCAUUAACUGCUGUAUUGCAACCAACAACUGUGGUUGCCGAUACGCAAGGACCAAGAAUUACAGCUACUGCUGCACCUUUGACAGGAACGAGUGUGGUGGCUGAGGCUGCAGGUGGUGUUACUGAAUUUGAACUAAUGGCUGUUGCCGAAAGUAGUACGAAAUCUGAAACUUACGCAGAAACUACUGCAGAACCAAAAGCAGAAACUAGUGCUAAACCUGAAGCAGAGACCAGUGCUGAACCAACAGCAGAGACCAGUGCUGAACCAACAGCAGAAACCAGUGCAGAACCAACAGCAGGAACCAGUGCUGAACCAACAGCAGAAACCAGUGCUGAACCAACACCAGAAACCAGUGCAGAACCAACAGCAGAAACCAGUGCUGAACCAACACCAGAAACCAGUGCUGAACCAACAGCAGAAACCAGUGCUGAACCAAAAGCAGAAACUAGCCCUGAACCAGUAGCAGAAGUAAGUGCCGAACCAAAAGCAGAAACCAGUGCUGAACCAACAGCAGAAACCAGUGCUGAACCAAAAGCAGAAACCAGUGCUGAACCAAAAGCAGAAACCAGUGCUGAACCAAAAGCAGAAACCAGUGCAGAACCAGAAGUAGAAGCUAGCGCUGUACCGGAAGUAGAAACCAGUACUGAACCAAAAGCAGAAACUAGUCCUGAACCAAAAGCGGCGGUAAGUGCCGAACCGAAAGCAGAAACCAGUGCUGAACCAACAGCAGAAACCAGUGCUGAACCAACAGCAGAAACCAGUGCUGAACCAAAAGCAGCAACUAGCCCUGAACCAAAAGCGGAAGUAAGUGCCGAACCGAAAGCAGAAACCAGUGUUGAACCAACAGCAGAAACCAGUGCUGAACCAACAGCAGAAGCAAGUGCUGUAUCGGAAGUAGAAACCAGUGCUGAACCAAACGCAGAAACUAGCUCUGAACCAGUAUCGGAAGUAAGUGCCGAACCAAAAGCAGAAACCAGUGCUGAACCAACAGCAGAAACCAGUGCCGAACCAACAGCAGAAACCAGUGCCGAACCAAAAGCAGAAACCAGUGCUGAACCAACAGCAGAAACCAGUGCUGAACCAACAGCAGAAACUAGUGCUGAACCAACAGCAGAAACCAGUGCAGAACCUGGAGCCGAAGCUAGUGCUGUACCGGAAGUAGAAACCAGUACUGAACCAAAAUCAGAAACUAGCCCUGAACCAAAAGCGGAAGUAAGUGCCGAACCGAAAGCAGAAACCAGUGCAGAACCAGGAGCCGAAGCUAGUGCUGUACCGGAAGUAGAAACCAGUACAGAACCGAAAGCAGAAACCAGUGUUGAACCAACAGCAGAAACUAGUGCUGAACCAACAGCAGAAACCAGUGCUGAACCAGAAGCAGAAGCAAGUGCUGUAUCGAAAGUAGAAACCAGUGCUGAACCAAACGCAGAAACUAGCUCUGAACCAGUAGCAGAAGCAAGUGCUGAACCAACAGCAGAAACCAGUGCUGAACCAACAGCAGAAGCAAGUGCAGAACCAGGAGCCAAAGCUAGUGCUGUACCGGAAGUAGAAACCAGUACUGAACCAAAAUCAGAAACUAGCCCUGAACCAAAAGCGGAAGUAAGUGCCGAACCAAAAGCAGAAACCAGUGCUGAACCAACAGCAGAAGCCAGUGCUGAACCUGAGGUUGAAUCCAGCGCUGAACCUAACACAGUUACUAGUGCUGAACCGGAACCUGAAAGCAGUCCUGAGCCCGCAGCAGAAAGCAGUUCAGAACCCAGUGCUAAACCUGAAGUCGAGGCAAGUGCUGAGCCCGAAAUAAAUAGCAGUCCUGAGCCUGCGGUAUCUAAGAAUGGUACAUCUGUAAUACCAGAACCAGAAUCGAAGAUGUAUCCCGAGGCCGAAUAUUCAACGCCAAAUGUGGAACCAGAGAAUUGGAAUGUUUCUUCGGAGCCGGAGGGGUUUGGUAACAGCACCCUAUUCCCCGAGGCGGAGGGUGGCCGUGGUCUAUCAGAAGCUGAACCUGUACCCGAAUGGGAUAGCACUACACAACAAUGGCAAAUCAUGUGGCAGAUUCACUUCUACUUGAUUGGAAUUAUUUUUCUAAUCAUCGCAUUGAUAUGCAUCUAUAAUAUUGGAAUGUACAUAUACCGACGGACACAGGUCGAAGAUGCUGCCACGAAGGGAUAUCUCGGAUUAUCUCUCAAUUGUCUUGUGGGGUGGCUUGGAUUUUCACGAGGGAUCUUAUUACUUGCGGAUCCAUAUAAUUCAAAAGGACGACUGCCGCUCUUAGCCUAUCGCUUGUUCUGGUCAACUGGCUGGCCAGCAUUAACAGGAAUAUUCACUCUUUUAUUAGCAGUGCUAUUGGACUCUACGAAGAUGUCCAUGGGGCCGCCUUUAUUCACAAAAUGGCAGACGAUUUUUGGCGCUAUCGUCGGGCAUUUCGUCCUAGUGACUACAGUGGACGUGAUAGUGGAGCUUUAUGUUACGGCGAAGAUAUUGCUCCUCAUGUGCCAGACUUUAUUCUUUUUAUUUGGACUGUGUAUGGUGGCUGGCUACUCGUACGCUGCACAUAAAAUAGCGUCUAACCUUGGCGCCUCCGCAGGAGCUCAAGGAAGCGGCAGGAAACAAAUUGUGGUUACUCUCGGCCUGUUUGCUGCUGAUGCGUUCAUCAUGGCGACUGCGCAUGUUUAUGCGGCAUUUGGUGUCUUUGGCGUGCUGUCGCCGUUUGCUUUCGCCCCAGCAGAUCCUUGGUUGGGUCUCAUGUACGUACUACGAGUCACGGAGAUAGUGGCCUGCUGUCUCGGCCUUGCCACUGUCAACAAGAAGAAGAAAGUCAGAAGUUCUGGAAGUGAUAUGAGUGAAAACACAGGCAGAUCCUGGGCGCCCAUCAGCCUCGUGAAGAAGUCCUUUGAUAGAAACAAGGUGACUCCCAUGAAGGAAGAGAAAUCAGACGUUACCAAGAUGUCGAUUGUGUCAGUUUGA